AUCCGGUCUACGGUAGAGCGGGUAGAUAACAACUAUGAAGAUUGUCUUUGAGAACUGCUCACCCGUGGAGAUUGCAGUGGCAAAGUGUUCCUGUGUAGCUGGAACAGCACUCUGCAACCACAAUGUUGCACUGCUGUUCCAGACCGCACACUACUCCACACUCAACCUGGCUGCUGUACCCCCUGUCCUCAGCUGCACUGAAACAGAGCAGCGAUGGCACAAGCCAAGAACCAUGGGUGUGAAACCAGGCAGAGUGAGUGACAUGGUGUUCAUUUCCACUAAGCCAAAGCAGUUUACAGUUGCUGACGGUGUAAGGAGUACACGUUACAAGGCCGUGCGGGGGGAGCUGCCAGACCCAGAUGUCCUCAAAGUCAGCGAGGUAUACAAGGACUUCUCAGCAGACAUCGCACCACUGAUCACUACCAUGGCUAUAAGUGUGGACGUGCCACUGGUUAACUCCACCUUUGGAAAAGUUCAGGAAGGUAGCCCUAUCUCAUACCAGCAUCCACUACCUCUUAGCCGGGUUAUAGUGCGUCACCCAGAUGCCCCUCCACCACCACCUCUACCUGUGGAUGGCUAUAGGCUGGAGCCUACCACCUGUGAGUUUGUGUGCAGUCACCAACAGCACCUCCAUCUACUGUCACUUGCGACAACAUUGCUCAUGGCAAGGAAAAUCUUUUUGAUUUGAUUUGUUUGUCAUUCACCCAGAUGCCCCCUGGUUAGGGUCAUCUCCUGACGGUCUGGUGUUUGACCCAACUGAGAGCCCACCUUUUGGACUUGUUGAAAUAAAAUGCCCAAAUGCAAAAAGUUAUGUGGACUGUAGCUACUUAAAAAUGCAAAGUGGCACAUUAAAACUGAAGCAGUCUCAUAGCUACUAUUGGCAGGUGCAAGGCCAGCUCCUACUCACAGGGAUGGAGUGGUGCGAUUUUGUCGUUUUUGCAGAGGAGGAUAUCCUUAUACAGCGUAUCUGCAGAGACUGCGAGGUGGCUACAACCAUUAGGGAGAAGGGAGAUUAUUUUUAUUUUUACAUGGACUGAUAUGCACUACACUACAUUAGUGUACCACACUACAUCACACUACAUUACUGAUCUAACAUGAAUAUUUUCCUGUAUAUAGUUCUUUCAAUUGCUAAAACCAGAACCAAGUGUGUUCUAUAAGUCAAAAAGAUCCUUUAGUCAAAGGACCUAUGUGAGGAAGAAAGGGGUGUUUAUUGGCAGACAUUUAAUGUCAUAUGACGUUAUUCAUUAACAAAAGUUGUGGAUGCUAACUAACUUAUCUUGCAUUGAUCUGUUCAUCUGUUACAUAAACUAGCAUUACUUAAAUAUGCAGAGACUAAUUGAAAUGUUUAAAUAUGUAUUUUUUCCCCCCGAUAUAACAUCA